CUGUGACUAAUUUAAAUCACUCCCUGUACAAUAUGAAAAUCAUUAUAUCGAUCUAUAGCAUGUGCACUAAUGUAUGUGCAAGUGUUCAGCAUAAAAUGGAAAUACAAACCAGAUUCUAACUCAAAAACGAAGACGGAAACGAGUUGUAUUAUAUUUUUCUAUCUCCGCCUACUCGAGAGUUCAAAAAAGUGUGGGACAGAAGUUCAGAUGGCGACCAGAGAAAAAAUAGCUCAACAACACCCUGCUGAAUCUCUAGAUAAGACUUUUGACACAAGUACAAACCCCUCAAUUAUUGAAGAAAGGUUAUUUGGACACAACGAAGAAGAAGAAGCGGAUGAUGACGGGCCUGUAGUGUUUUUCUGCGGGAAAUGUAAGCUGCCCGUCGGUGACUCCUUCUCGUGGGAUGGUAGUGAGGACUCCCAGAAUCAAAUACGUUUAAAAAAAAUUACUGAUAAUGUCGUGGUUGGAAAGGAGAAACGUAUGUAUGAACCAGACAAAAAAUCUCCAUGUCUGGUUGUGGACCUCAUUUGUCAAGGAUGUCGUUCUGUGAUUGGAGUGGUUUAUUCGUCUACACCCAAGCAACUGGACCACAAGAGGUAUACCUUCUGCCUCAAUGUAGCAGACAUUGACAGUUAUGUGUUGGGCUCUGCAAACCAGAUGUUGUCAGCAGAGGGCCCCGAUGAGCAGCCGGUGACACUGGAGUACAGAGGCAUUGUGGAGCAACAGCUGAGAGAGAUAAAAUUGAUGGUGGUGUCUAUGGCGCAGAGACUGGAGGAGAUCGAAUCUGGCCUGUAAGAACGAUGUGACGUACCCUCUGACUAUGAUAAACCUCCUUGGUGGGUUCUUCUUUUCAAGAUGGAAGCAGCGUUCAUUUCGUAUUCCUAUUUUGUACAAUCUUUACCUAUAUUUGAGCCCUGUUUUCCAUUCGACCAUCACUAUCGCUUUGUCCUAGCCCUCACCUUGCACACAAACGCGUACAGUCGCUCAGCUCCUUUGUGGUGCUUUUACCGAUGGCGAAACAAAGCGCGGCCACACUUGUAAUCAAUCACACUGUCAGCUGGCCUCUCGCGGUGCAUGACAACAUCUCCACCGGUGAAGCAGAGAAAGUAUAAGCCCAGCCUGCGCCCUGAGCUGAAUGUUUAUUUGUCCAGGAUUUCAUCAAGCUCCAACCUGCACUCUCAGCAGAAAGCGGUAUCGAUCCGGCCACCAAACACAUACACACACACACACACACACACACACAUACAUUAGCCUUUGUUCUCUUCGAAAUGGAAAGACCAAACCGCAUCUUGUUGCUUACAUUGACACUGUUGCACACCAUGGCCUUAUAGCUUUUAAAGGUUUUGUUUAUAGAGGCCCGUUCAUAAAAAAAUCCAUUUUUUGUUUGUGACUUCCUGUUCAUGUUAACCUCUUUGUUCAGUGCCAGUUGUUUAUUUUUCAUAUAAUGCACAUUGUUUUGUAGUAAUAAUAAAUUGUUUAAAAUUUUCAAAA